AUGGAGACCCCGUCCCAGCGGCGCGCCACCCGCAGCGGGGCGCAGGCCAGCUCCACCCCGCUGUCACCCACCCGCAUCACCCGGUUGCAGGAGAAGGAAGACCUACAGGAGCUCAAUGACCGCUUGGCUGUCUACAUCGACCGUGUGCGCUCGCUGGAAACGGAGAAUGCAGGUCUGCGCCUUCGCAUCACUGAGUCUGAGGAGGUGGUCAGCCGCGAGGUGUCUGGCAUAAAGGCCGCCUACGAGGCCGAGCUGGGGGAUGCCCGCAAGACCCUCGACUCGGUGGCCAAGGAGCGCGCCCGCCUGCAGCUGGAGCUGAGCAAAGUGCGAGAGGAGUUCAAGGAGCUCAAGGCACGCAAUUCCAAGAAGGAGGGAGACCUGAUGGCCGCCCAGGCCCGGCUCAAGGACCUGGAGGCUCUGCUCAACUCCAAGGAGGCCGCGCUGAGCACUGCUCUCAGCGAGAAGCGCACGCUGGAGGGCGAGCUGCAUGACCUGCGGGGGCAAGUGGCCAAGCUCGAGGCAGCCCUGGGCGAGGCCAAGAAGCAACUUCAGGAUGAGAUGCUGCGACGAGUGGAUGCUGAGAACCGGCUGCAGACCCUGAAGGAGGAGCUGGACUUCCAGAAGAACAUCUACAGCGAGGAGCUCCGUGAGACCAAACGCCGCCACGAGACGCGCCUGGUGGAGAUUGACAAUGGGAAGCAGCGAGAGUUUGAGAGCCGGCUGGCGGAUGCCCUGCAGGAGCUGCGGGCCCAGCAUGAGGACCAGGUGGAGCAGUACAAGAAGGAACUGGAGAAGACCUAUUCGGCCAAGCUGGAUAAUGCCAGGCAGUCCGCGGAGAGGAACAGCAACCUGGUGGGGGCCGCCCACGAGGAGCUGCAGCAGUCCCGCAUCCGCAUCGACAGCCUCUCGGCCCAGCUCAGCCAGCUCCAGAAGCAGCUGGCAGCUAAGGAAGCGAAGCUGCGGGACCUGGAGGACUCGCUGGCCCGUGAACGCGACACCAGCCGGCGGCUGCUGGCAGACAAGGAGCGGGAGAUGGCAGAAAUGCGGGCAAGGAUGCAACAGCAGCUGGACGAGUACCAGGAGCUUCUGGACAUCAAGCUGGCCCUGGACAUGGAGAUCCACGCCUACCGCAAGCUCCUGGAGGGCGAGGAGGAGAGGCUCCGCCUGUCCCCCAGCCCCACCUCGCAGCGCAGCCGAGGCCGGGCCUCCUCCCACUCGUCCCAGACACAGAGUGGGAGCAGCGUCACCAAAAAGCGCAAGCUGGAGUCCACCGAGAGCCGGAGCAGCUUCUCCCAGCACGCUCGCACCAGCGGGCGCGUGGCCGUGGAGGAGGUGGACGAGGAAGGCAAGUUCGUGCGCCUGCGCAACAAGUCCAACGAGGACCAGUCCAUGGGCAACUGGCAGAUCAAGCGCCAGAAUGGAGAUGACCCCCUGCUGACCUACCGCUUCCCACCAAAGUUCACUCUGAAGGCUGGGCAGGUGGUGACGAUCUGGGCUGCAGGAGCUGGGGCCACCCACAGCCCCCCUACUGACUUGGUGUGGAAGGCUCAGAACACCUGGGGCUGCGGAAACAGCCUGCGUACAGCUCUCAUCAACUCCACUGGGGAAGAGGUGGCCAUGCGCAAGCUGGUGCGCUCAGUGACCGUGGUUGAGGACGACGACGAUGAGGAUGGAGACGAUCUGCUCCAUCACCACCACGGCUCCCACGCAGGCAGCGGCUCGGGGGACCCCGCCGAGUACAACCUGCGCUCGCGCACCGUGCUGUGCGGGACUUGCGGGCAGCCCGCAGACAAGGCGUCUGCCAGCGGCUCGGGAGCCCAGGUGGGCGGAUCCAUCUCCUCUGGCUCCUCCGCCUCCAGCGUCACAGUCACUCGCAGCUACCGAAGUGUGGGGGGCAGUGGGGGUGGCAGCUUCGGGGACAGCCUGGUCACCCGCUCCUACCUCCUGGGCAACUCCAGACCCCGAACCCAGAGCCCCCAGAACUGCAGCAUCAUGUAACCUGGGACCUGCCAGGCAGGGGUGGGGGCGGAGGCCCACGCUUCUUCCUCACCUCAUGCCCACCCCUGCCCUGCACCUCACGGGAAGGGGUUCGAAGCCAAAGAAAAAUACCCCUUUGUUUUUUCUUCUAUGUUUUGUUUUUUGUUUUUCUAAGAGAAGUUAUUUUCUACAGUGGUUUUAUACCGAAGGAAAAACAUAAGCCAAAAAAAAAAAUGCGCGCAUCUAUCUCAAUUCCCCCCCUUUUCUCCCUGCCUCCGAGAAACUCCGCAUCUGCCUUAAAACCAAAGAGGGAGCCGAGAAGAGGGGCUGCUUUUACAAAGCCUCGUUUCUGCUUUUCUGCCCUGCCCACCACCCCCAUCCCGGGGACCCCGUGACAUGGUGCCUGAGAGGCAGGUGUGGAGUCUGCUCCGCCAGCCUCCAAGGGAGGAGGGCUGAGCCUCACCCCUGGGCCGGCCCCCAUCGUUCCACGACCCCUGGCAGAGGCUCCUCCGCCUGCCCGCCCCGUCCCCUCCUCUCCCCAACCCCGGGGUGACUCGAUUCUCCCAGGUCCCAGCUGCGUUUGCUUCUUCUGUAUGUUAUUUAGACAAGAGAUGGGAAUGAGGCAGGAGGUAGAGGAGGGGGAAGAAAGGUUAGUUGGAGCCUGCCUUCACCUAGCUUAAGAGCCAGGGGUGGGUUCUACCCAGUCACUGAAGGUCGGUCAAGGUCACGUGGGUGUAGGGGAGGAGGGAGAUGGAGGCCUACUAGGAAAGGGGAGAGCCUGCUGGGGCCCCACCGAAGGGGAGGAAGGCAAGGAAGUGUGGAGGGCUUGCGGCAGCGGGUUUCAGCAAACACUAAGGAGCCCCUUGCCUCCCGUUUCCCAUCUGCACCCCUUCUCUCCUCCCUGAAUCAAUACACUAGUUGUUUCUA